GCGUCACAAUUUCCAAGAUGUCUUCUUCCUUGGACCUACGACAAAAACUGAAUCAACUACAAAUUAGCAUUCAAGAUGAAAACAGAGCGAGGAAAGAGAGGCCUUCUAUUGAUUUUAAUUUAGAAUCACCUAAAAUGCCUCGGCAGAGGCCAGCUCUUCAACUAAAUCACAAUGGAGGGUUAUCACCGCACGCAAGGAGGGACAAGAAACAAGUACAAAUGCCGCUAACAUGUGGACCUAUCAACAGAAGUACAAUAGACGGGCCUGAAAUUGACAGGAAGUUGCAGGAAAUAAUGAAACAGACUGGACUUUUGACAACAGAGGGCAAGCGUUAUCACAUAAAUGUGGAGAGUCUUGAGUCGAUAGGGGAACUUGGUUUUGGAAGCUGCGGCCAUGUGAUUCGUAUGAGGCACAAGGAGAGUGGUACAAUACUAGCAGUGAAGCAAAUGAGGAGGUCUGGAAACAAAGAGGAGAACAAGAGAAUUCUAAUGGACUUGGAUGUUGUACUCAAAAGUCAUAAUUGCCCUUUCAUCGUGCAAUGCUUAGGGGCCAUAGUAACGCCUAGUGAAGUGUGGAUUUGCAUGGAGCAGAUGGCCACAUGCCUGGACAAACUCAUCAAGAAACUCAGAGAACCCGUUCCAGAGCAGAUCAUCGGUAAAAUGGUUGUGGCAAUUGUGAAUGCGCUGAACUACCUGAAAGAGAAACAUGGUGUAAUGCACAGAGACGUGAAGCCGUCAAACAUGCUCCUAGAUGAGAAGGGCGUGGUCAAGCUAUGUGACUUUGGUAUCAGCGGCAGACUAGUCGACAGCAAGGCCAGGACGAGGAGUGCUGGAUGUGCAGCAUACAUGGCGCCGGAGCGAAUAGACCCACCAGAUCCAAAUAAUCCUGACUAUGAUGUCAGAGCCGAUGUCUGGAGUCUAGGAAUUUCACUGGUGGAAUUAGCGACUGGGGAAUUCCCCUACAAGAAUUGUACAAAUGACUUUGAGGUACUAGCCAGAGUGUUGUCAGAGGAUCCCCCAAGGCUUCCGCUCAAGAGAGGCUUCUCGGUGGACUUUCACUCUUUCAUUCAGUGCUGUUUGACAAAAGACUACAAUAAAAGACCUAAAUACAAGCAACUCAUGGAGCACAGCUUCUUCAAGAGGUACCUGGUCGCCAGGGUGGACGUUGCGUCCUGGUUCGCAUUGGUCAUGUACAAGGUCAGGACGCAAUCGAGCCGGCAGGACAGGCACACCCCUUAAUCAGGAUCGGUCACGCUCCGCGGGCGUCCAUCACACCUCUGUGACAACAGUGCAACAUACCUUGCGCUCUCUUUGAACAUUUUAAACCAGCGUCCAAUCACCGGGCGUCGUCGUGUUGCACCAUAUCAGGAAACGUUUUCUUCAGGAUCCGUUCUGGAGGUACAUUGAGUGAUUUGCCGACAGAACGCUGGAGUGAGGCACCCUUUUCGCCCUCAGUGCAGGUGCACGCAACCGGUUAUAUUUUACUAUAAGUAUACUUUUUUUGACAGCCUCCUCUACUCUUACACGUGGGCUCUGUCUCAUGAUGCAGAGGUGGAGAAGGACAAUUCCAUGAUGUUAUAACUUAAUGUUUGUGUGUUUAGAGUCGUCACUGAGACCACUAUACUGGUUAUAUGACUGAGAAAUCUUGUUAAUGAAUGAAUAAUUAGAUAGCAGUCUAGCCAUAAACCCUCAUUGUACAAAAGAAGAGGAAUAUUACAGAAAGAAAAAAAAAAAUCAUGAUUUGUAUUAAAAACAUGUGGAUGCAGAACUAGAGAUGAUGUUUUAUAUUUCUGCAUCAUGUUGUUCUUUACUCCUUAUCCAACUC